AGCUCGAGUUUAUAGUCUUAAAGGGUUGGUUGAAGGAAACCGUGUGCGGAGGCGGGGGAAAAACUGAGGGGGAGAACAAUAACGAAGACAACGACGGACCUCGAUAACGCAGAAAAACAGGAACGUGUGCAAUGCGCACGCACCCAUCGCAACCACUGUAUGUACAUGCCGCUGGAGGGGUUGUAACGGGGAGGUGAAAACGGAAGCUCGGUUAGAUAGGAAGGGUGCAGUCGCCUCAGACGUCUGCUCGAUCCUACUCUCACGUCGAACCUUCCCUUUAAGCUUUCCGUUUAUUCUCGUUUCCAUCUUCGAUUCUUCCGCUUUCAAUAAAAUCCCGCGAUGGCUUUGGACGCGAACGAGAAGAGCUAUAUCCUGGACGCGAGGAACAACUACGAGGACGGUGGCAGUCUGGGUUCGGAGGAAUCUUACGACGACAUGCGACAACUUGUCGGGGAAAAGAACGAAGAAUCUGGAAAAUUCAGUAGUCUACCUCUGGCCAGUUUUAAUUUCAUCAAUUCCAUCAUUGGCAGUGGUGUUAUUGGUAUACCCUACGCUCUUCAUCAGGCUGGAUUUGGCCUCGGGAUAGUAUUAUUAAUACUAGUAGCAGGCCUCACUGAUUACUCUUUAAUUUUAAUGAUUAGGAGUGGAAACAUUUGCGGUGAAAUGAGUUACCAGGGUUUAAUGAGAGCCAGUUUCGGUCGUACAGGAUUCUAUAUUCUUACGACUCUGCAGUUCAUUUAUCCAUUCAUAGCGAUGGUCUCUUAUAACGUUGUUGUCGGCGACACGGUGACGAAAGUGCUAAUAAGGUUAACAGGGAUGAGCGAGACAAGCAUUUUCGCUCAUCGUCAAGUGGUCGUCUUGUUCGCGACCGUUUGCAUCACUAUACCGCUGUGUCUUUAUAGAAAUGUUGCUCGUUUGGCCAAGAUCUCGUUUCUUUCGUUGGUCUGCGUUGGUUUCAUUCUAUUGGCCAUUUUAAUUCGGAUGGGUACGAUGUCAGCAAUUGUGCCAAGCCAAGAGGAUAGUUGGCGAUUCGCGAAUUUCCCCGGCAUUAUUCCAUCCGUUGGAAUUAUGGCAUUCGCCUUUAUGUGCCACCAUAAUACAUUCCUUAUCUACGAGUCUAUAGAAAGGGCUACUCAACAAAAGUGGGACAUCGUCACCCAUUGGUCGCUCUUCACUUCCUUCGUGAUCGCAACAGCUUUUGGAAUCAUCGGAUAUGCCACGUUUACCGCGUAUGUUCAGGGUGAUCUUAUGGAAAAUUAUUGCUGGGACGAUGAUCUCAUGAAUUUUGCCAGAAUCAUGUUCAGCGGGACUAUUCUACUUACUUUUCCCAUUGAAUGCUUCGUCACAAGGGAGGUAAUACUGACAGCGAUUAAAGGGACCGAUGAGCUCGAAGAUCAUACUGCAUACGUCCCUAACUCCGACCGGAAAUACUUGAUAAUUACUUUGUCGAUAGUGGUUGUCGCAUACCUGAUAUCGAUGUCAACAGAUUGUCUGGGUGUGGUUCUCGAAUUGAAUGGAAUCCUCGCUGCUGUACCUCUAGCUUACGUUCUACCUGGCCUGUGCUACCUCAAACUCGAAGAUGGACCAAUUCUUUCCUCCAAAAAGCUUCCGGCGCUUGGUUUGAUGUCCGCUGGCGUGUUUGCCGCGGUCUCUGGUUUGCUGUUGCUGAUCCUGAACAACGAUACUUCCAGUUCCUGCGUGCAUGGACAGGUAAUGCCGUAUUGUAUCGAGGGUAUGAAUAGCACGAGUUUCGAUUCAAGCAUGAAAAGUACCAUUAGUCCGAUAUAAUCGAGCACGUUCGAAUUGGCCGAGGAAUUUUCAAAAGCUUUUAUUCAAAACCGAUGAUAGCUUUGCGAUGCUCCAAGUUACGGUUUCAAUUUCAAGUCAAAGGAAUUUCAAUUUUCUCCGUCUUUCUUUCUGGUUUCUUUUUGGUUCCUUUUUGGUUUCUUUUUGGUUUCUUUUUGGUUUCUUUUUGGUUUCUUUUUGGUUUUUGUCGUUUUGGUAAUCGAAUGCCACAAGUAUGAAGGAGCAUGAUAAAUCACGUUUUGUGUUUCUUAUGGAAGAGCGAUUUUUAAAUUCAAUAUGUUGUCUAGAUGUUCUUUCGUUUGAUCCUGGAAAUGAGUACGUGUCUUUCUUACUCUUUUAUUUGUUAAAAAAAUUUAUCAAAAGAGAAGACAUAUAUAUUAAUAACAUUAGUAUUAAUCAAGUUGAACUAAUUUCUCAUAUAAUAAUUUCACUUAUUUUCAAAAAGCUUACAUAUUUGUAUCCAUCCAUCCAUCCAUUAUUCUCUUCUCCGACCAUUUCAUAUUAAAAUACUCUUUUUUUGGUCACCAAAUGACACAAAUGUCGGAAAAUCAUCAAAAAUAGAUUAUCUCAAUAUAUUCUUUCCAUGUGAUCUUCGGUCUUCGAUCGAAAUAGGAUAAGGUAUAAAAUUAGACCGCGGAGAUUUAUGCAAUGUCAUGUUUUUUAUGAGCAAUUAUGAAGAAAAAAAGAGAUUUAUUUUACUCACUAAAUAUGAUAAUGAAUACUGUACUUUGGGUAUAACAUGUAUACCUAUUUUUGAAUAUCGUGACCAUUCUGGGCUUUCUUGCACCUUUAAAUUUCCCACGAACACAUAAAAGUCCGCAGUCUACUUAUAGUAAAUCAUGCUUUAACAUUGGUGGAGCAUCAUUACAUUAUUGCCAGUAACAUUAUUAUUGUUAUCGGAACGAAGGGGAGUAGGAUUUUGUUUGAUUAAAUCGAGAAACGAAAAUCAAAAGCUUUCUCUUCCACGGUUGAAAUCUACGUGCUUACAUAUGCCGUAGAUAUUAUAGUAAUGUAACUACUGAGAAAUCUCGGGUAGGGGGGCGGGGGGAAUAUAUCAUGCUGAACAAGCGAAAACACGUUGAAAGUUUAAAUAUGUUAUAAUACACGAUGUAACAUGAGUAGAUUGAUGAGACAACUAUUUGUUAAUAUAUAUCGGCACUUUAUUCCGUGGAAUGCGUGAAUUUAAAUAUUUUUCAAAUCAGAAAACUAUAGACAAUAUCGUAAUAUAUGACCUUGCGUUGCGCACAUUUCUUUCGGUGUUGCAAAAUCAUUAAUUGUGACGAGAUUAAUAGAAAUCAUGCCUAGCUCUUCCCUUAAUUAAUUUUAAUAUUUUAUAAUACGAGCCGGGUCAACUGAAACAUCUUAUGAUUAACGAUGAUUUAAAUCUUUUAAUUCCAUAGAAUCAUACCUGUUAUGUUCUUUUUUUACGGCCUAAAAUAUUUUUCAUCAAUAUUUAGUUCAUGGUAUUUUUAAUAUUUAACAUUUAAUAUUUAAUUGUUCGAUUUAGCGGUACUAGGUAAAAAACAUCGUAAUUUCUCUCUUAUUUUUUAAUCGAUAAAUAUGUAUCUUGUUCUUAUAAUUGUUAAGUUAUCGAUUUGCAAAAUGUUUGGUAGCUGGAAUUUACGUGGUACCUGGGUGAACAUACAUACUGAUAUAGAAUACGUACGAUUGGUCCGACGAAUACAUAAGUAGCUUUAUAAAUGUCAGUGUUGCAGUUGAUUACAAAUGUAGGGAUUGAAUGGUGGGUGAGAAAUUAUUUACCCGAGUCGUAAUCAUUUCAUUCCAAACAGGCAACGUAUAAUUAUACCGAAGCCAAAGAGGCUGUUGGACGAAUUAAUUGCAAAUGCUAUAUUUAAUUGCUUGCAGAUGAAGCACAUUAUUUAACCGACGUAGCAGUGUAAGGUGUUCCACGAAACGAUAGAUUUUCUAUUUAAAUCUAAAAAGCAUAUAGUAUUUAUUGAUAAAUAUAGCUGCCAAUAAAUUACUAUUCAUAUAGAGCCAUGAAACUACUUUCGAUUGAUUAAUUUCAUCAAACGAUAAGAAAUAUUUAUAGAGAGACUUAUUUUGAUGAAACGAAAAAUGGAAGAAAAAGACGGUAGGUAGGGAGUUAAAGAAACGGGGAAAAAGUAUGGCGAUGGAUCCGAGCAUGAUGGAAAGCAUCGAAUAGGAAAUUGAAGAGAAAAUUCUAUUCUUUCUUUUUGAUGAUGAGUUGAUAUAUGAAUAAUGGAACUGAAUGCAUAAUAUCGAGAAAAAAUAUUAUUUCCAUCGAAUAUCAACUCUCGAUGCAACUAGAUAUAUUGUUUGUCGAUCAGAACGAUACUCAUUAUAAUUAAAUAAAUAAUAUUAAUAAGCUGUUGCGACACUAUUUUUCGAAUCUUUAUCAUAGGGGCAUAUUACGAAACGAAGGGUAGCAUACCAAGAUUUUGUAUUAAAAAAAGAAAGAGGAACAAUAUGAUACAAUUGUUUUUUCAUUCGAUAUUGCAUCGAAAGUAUCGAAAGUAUUUUGUAACGUGAGAAAGGAUUUACUUAAUUGCAGAUCAUUCUACAGUUUUUUAUUUUCUUCUACACAGUUUGUCAACUAUUCUGCAAUUUUUUUGCACAGUUGAUAUAUUUCUAAACAUAGUAAACGCGUCUAUAGCGUAUACGUAUAGUCCACGCGUAUAGUAACGCGUUUUCUUUCUUUUUCUAUCUCUUCUCUUUUUUUUUUCUUCUUUUUAAUACUAUCGAAAUCGAACUGUAUUUGUUUUCUGAAAGAGUUUAGUUUUAACAUAGGUGAAAUAUACAAGAUAUUUCGUAGGACCGGUGCAAUUAAAAAGGUAGAUAUUUGAAAAUCUAAAACAAGAUAACUUACUGGAACUUUCAACAACACGCAAUUAUCUUUACCUUCCUGUUUUCAAUAUAAUUAUUCGAUAAACAUUCAAUUUUUAUUUUUUCAAGCCAAUUAAAAUAGUAUAAUCUUUACAAUACAAAAUAAGUGUGUGUGCAUGUGUGUGUAUGUUAUGAAAAAUAAAGUCAAUUUAUGUAAUAAAACUUGCAAACAGUUAUCUUGUUUUAGACGUAUUGUAGAAAUGUUUGAUUUUUUAAUUGCAUUAAAUCCUAAGAAGUGCAACGUAUUAGGCCUAAUAGGUAUUAACUAAUGUACAUGAAAAAGUAUAAUUCGCAUAGAGGGAGGAUAUAAAACAAUCAGAGACCACGAUAACGAAAGUAUUUAUCGAAAACCGAUAAAGAAUCUAAUCAUUUAAAUUACGCUCCGGUUUGAAAUCUUUAUGCUUAUUAUAAAGAGUUCGCGCAAAAUCUACCGGGUGUCCGUAAAAUUUGUAUUUUGUAUAUCUGUAUAUCCUGUAUAUGUGUGUAUCUAUGUGUACUUAUCUCUCUGUCUAACUAUACAGAAUAUAUACCAAUGUAACAAAGUAUUAUUAUGGUGCAAACGAAAUUAUUGCAUCUUAGAAUAUUCCUGUAUUUUCUUAAAAUAAUGUUAUUAAAAUUUAUUAUAUCAUUUUUAAUUGUAAUCUUCAUAUACUAUAUAUAUAUUAGGUUGUCCGAAAAGUUUCUUUCGUUUUAUAAGGAAAUAAUAGACGCAAAAUGUUUUUUGUUUCAUAUUAGUUUAUUGAAUUAUGCACCAACAUAAUAAUAGAAAUAGAAUGAAACAGAUCAUACCUAAUUCAAUAAAAUAAUAUAAAACAGAAAUUAUUGUUCAUCUAUUAUCACCUUAUGAAACGAAAGAAACUUUUCAGACAACCUAAUAUAUUAUAAAUGCGAUAUAAUUUCCAUUUUCAUAGAAUAUAAUAUGAAAAAUAAAUCAAUUGUUUCUUUUUAUAGUUAAGGAAUCUCAAAGGAUGUAAUACUUUCAUCUAUGCUAAUACAUUCGAUCGUGUAUUUAAAAAAUGAGCUCAUAUUACGACGAUUUUUUCGAUCGUAAUUCUACACGAAUUUUUUACAUUGUUCCGAUGGAUAGACUCGUUCUUAAGGUAAGGCCCUCAACUUUUAUUAAUACUUCGUAUAGAUAUAGGAAUGUAUCAGCCAAAGUGUGUAAAACUUUAGGAAACCGUGUAUAUAGUAAAAAACCAAAGUUUCAAGAACUAUAAAGUUCAUGUAACAAUUAGAAAUUCUUGAAACUUAAGAAACUUCUGGAAAGUUUUUUAAUAGGUAAAAUUUGCCAAAAAUAGUUGCUAUAUAUAUCUGCCGAAAAUUAUACAACUUAAUCAAUUUUUUAUUUCUUAGAAAAAUCACGAGGUAUUCUAAUUACAUUAAAGUAAAAAUUUUGCCACUUUCUCGACUCUUCUCAUUUCUUCUUAUACUCUUACCCACAUUUUGUAAAAGCUGGAUUUCUUUAGUUUUCAAAUAGUUUUUCUAAAUUAAAAGGAUCCAUUAAGAUUUUGGCAAAAUAGAAUAUAUAAGAAAGUAGAAGCAUUGUAAUUAAAAAUAUAAUACGUACUACUACUAACUCGCUAACAAAAGAGAAGCUAUACAAUGCACAACAAGUUAAAUUAUAUUCUACGGGCACCCGGUAUCUUUUUAUGUAAUCAAAAGAGUAUAUAAGAUUAAAAAUUGAACAUGAGUCAUGUGAAACAACAACAACAAACAAGCAGCAUCAGCAGCAGCAACAACAAACAAAAACAGUCAUUAUUGACAAUCGCGCAUUACAGACCAAGAACUACAAAAAAGAAAGACAUAAGCAAGAAAUGAUAAUUCGAAUUCGUCAGAUGGAUUCCGUAUAGAGAA